AUGGAAAGCCCAACUGAAGUUGUUCUCGAUUACAGUAACCCGCUAAAUGCUACAGUAGCAUUUUUAACUUUGGUGAUUGGCGUGUUUGGUGUCAUUUGUAAUAGCUCAAUUGUUUACAUUUUCUACAAGGAAAAGUCUGAAAGAAGCUCGUUUAACUUGAUAUGUGUAUUCAGAAGUCUCUCGAACAUCUACAUAUUGGGAACGACGUUUUUGGGAUUGUUCCUUCCGAAAACUGUUCUCGGUUUCUCUCCAUAUCCACCAGCUCUAGAAAGUACAUUGAUCCAUAUUUCCAAUACUCUGUACCUUGGAAAUGAGUAUCAAAUUAUUCUAGUUGCCGUUAAUAGAUUCAUUGCGAUGUUUCUCCCAGUUUACUAUAAUAAACUUUGCGGCUUCAAAUCUACUUUGCUAAUUCUCGUCCUCAUUUAUUUGGUACGAAUUGUGAUUGUCAUUUUUGAGACAUAUGACCAAUUGAAAGUCAAUUGUUACACAUCCUUCUUAUUGGUAGCACUGGCAUGGAGAUAUGAUUUCCAGGCACAGUGCCAAUUUGAGGAUAACAUAUUGCUUGUAAUUUCAAUCACUUUUGCAAUUAUGACAGCAAUAAACGGGGCUACUUUGCUGAAAAUUAUUAGCUUUUAUAAAUCGAGCAAAAAUGAAAGUAAUGAAACCAGGAAAAGAAUCCGUCGGAAUGUUUUCUUGUUCUUUCAAACUGGUCUUCAAGAUUCCCUCUAUCUCAUCGAUCUCUCAUUUAUGAUGAAGUUCAGCUACCUCAGCGAAGCACGUGUUUGGUCUUACAUCAGUGGAACUUUUGUUUGGGAAUGCUUGCAUUCAAUUGAUGGAUUUAUCAUGAUAAUGUUCAACGAAAAACUGUCUCUUCUUCGAAAGAGGCUUCUCCCAACACCAUCUGCAACACAUCUUGCUCAGAAAACGUUCACGGUGUCAGUGGUGUCUAGAUUGCCUGAAAUCAAUUGA